AUGAGUCUCGGGAACGCACAGUACGGAAUUCUGUGCCUGCAAUACCUGACUUCCGAGCCAUUCAAAAAAACCGACCAUCACCAAAUCUCAGUGCACGCCAGGAGGGGGUACUUUGCCCUACAUGACUACGCGGUCCAGUGCUGGUACGUCCAUCUCCUCGACUGGGCAGAGCCCCCAGAGCCGGAGGACCCAUCGGUGGCGCAAGCCCUAGGCCGGCUGGGAGGGCUUUUUAUGCAAUCGUACGGCCUGGUUUCCAAAGCCGGUGAGGCGGUAGAAGAGGUCAUGACCCCUACGGAGUUGCAGGCUGCGAUCCAUGCGCUGCCAGAGGAUGAUAAAGAGCGAAAUUCCUGUCGAAACAUCGAAGCCCGGACGCUCGCCAUUCGACAAUGCAUUGAGAUGCUGAGAGACGGGCGAGUCACCUCGGAAGCCGAGGAGGUUCUGGACAACCUAUACGGAUCGUGGAAGACAUACAAGUGCUCCAAGCCCUGGCUGCUUCGCUUACAGCCUGGGUUUAAUGGCCCGUCCAAGCUCUCACAACACAAGAGUCGCUAUCACGACACAUCGGAUGAAGCAAUCAUGUUCCCCGCGCUUGCCCGGAAGAAACUGAUGACGCUCCACGCAGCUGCCGAGAAAGGGUCGAUUGGCAUGGUUACGGCGAUCCUUGAUACUGGCGUUAAUGUCGACACACCGGCAUCUCGAAGGGGCCGCACUGCGCUCUAUUUCGCUGCACAGAACGGCCACAUUGAAGUCUGCAAACUGUUGAUAUCUCGUGGGGCGUCAUGCAAUACGAGAGAGGGCGUACUUGAUGUGGCUGUCGGCAUGGGGGACCUGGAGCUAGUUAUUGUCCUGCUCGCCGGACUCAAAACCCAAGAAGACCACAGAGUUCGCGAGGGGACGAUAAUUACUGCGAUCCAGUAUGGAUAUGAAGCAAUUCUGAAAGCACUCUUACAAUAUGGAGACAUCGAAGCUCACCCAAAGCAUCUAGACCGCGCGAUCCCGAGCGGUCAGCGAGGAAUUAUAGAAGAGCUCGUAAAGCAAAAGGACUACGAAGUCUUUCUGCAUCGUAGUCUGCUUAUGACGGCCUCGCGUCAUAUCGACUUUGAUAGUAGCCUAAUCAAGGCCAUUCUUUCAGCCGGGCAGAUUCAAAUCAUCGGCGACCAGGAGGUCGUGGAAGCACUUAGGUCUGGGAAGGAAUCAGAUGCCGAGGUGCUCCUGAGAUACCGAAACAUACAGCUGUUGGAUGACCAUCUGAAAAGGUGUAGAGAUAUCGCUCAGGAGAAGGCCUUUGGUAGUAUCGUGACCAUAAUUGACGGAAUGAAAGGAUUGCAGCCCGGCGACCCUAGAUACGAGGCCGUGAAUAUGCAGGCUACCGAAGGCCAGGAGUAA